AGUCGGUUUCAGAAUCGGAUCUCUGUCUCUCUCUCUCUCUCUGAGGGCUUCUCUGUUUCUGCAAAAUCAUCGAAGUUUGAAACGAAGAUCAGAGAAAAUGGCGGGUGGGCAGCCCGAAAGAGAAGACAAGGUUUCGUUGGAACUCACCGAAGAAAUUCUUCAGGGCAUGGAAGUCGGCAUGGCCUUCCGUGAUUAUAAUGGUAGAAUCAGUUCAAUGGAUUUUCAUAGGACGUCAAAUUAUCUGGUUACUGCUAGUGAUGAUGAAUCCAUUCGUCUGUACGAUGUUGCCAAUGCAACAUGUUUGAAGACAAUUAAUAGCAAAAAGUAUGGGGUUGAUCUGGUUUGCUUUACGUCUCAUCCCACAACUGUUAUAUACUCCUCGAAGAAUGGUUGGGAUGAGUCUCUGCGGCUUCUCUCAUUGCAUGAUAACAAGUAUUUGCGGUAUUUUAAAGGUCAUCAUGACAGGGUUGUCUCCCUUAGCUUGUGCUCUCGAAAAGAAUGUUUCAUCUCUGGCUCUCUUGAUCGAACAGUUCUGCUUUGGGAUCAAAGAGCUGACAAGUGUCAGGGUCUUUUACGUGUACAAGGACGGCCUGCUACUGCUUACGAUGAUCAAGGGGUUGUCUUUGCAAUUGCUUUCGGAGGAUACGUAAGAAUGUUUGAUGCCCGCAAGUAUGAAAAGGGCCCUUUUGAUAUAUUCUCUGUUGGAGGAGAUAUGUCUGAUGCAAAUGUUGUUAAAUUCAGUAAUGACGGAAGACUUAUGCUUUUGACAACUACAGAUGGACAUAUUCAUGUACUUGAUUCAUUCCAUGGUACACUUCGGUCCACAUACAAUGUCAAGCCAGUUUCAAGUGGUUCCACUUUAGAGGCAUCUUUCAGCCCCGAGGGAAUGUAUGUUAUAUCAGGUUCAGGAGAUGGUAGUGUAUUUGCAUGGAGCGUUCGGAGUGGCAAAGAAGUUGCCAGCUGGAUGAGUACUGAAACUGAACCACCUGUCAUUAAAUGGGCUCCAGGAAGUCUAAUGUUUGUUACUGGUUCAUCCGAAUUAUCAUUUUGGAUUCCAGACUUGUCCAAAUUAGGAGCUUAUGUUGGAAGAAAGUAGAAUUUCCUUUGGCAAGUGGCAACACCCUUGUAAUUUUGAUUGAAAGGUUUGCUUUCCUUUUUGAUCAAUUAUUGAUAGAAGAUUAAAUUGAUGGCGAAUCCCUUGUGUUCCAUUCGUUGUCUGCCGACUAGUUUGCUUUUCAGGGACAAUCAACGAACAGUGUGGAGGGCACAUUUGCUUUGUAUCACAGAUGGAGGAUCUAUCAAAAAAGAUAUUGAAGGAUGAUGCGCUUUGUACCAAAAAUUAUUAUUUCCAGAUUUAGGUGCAAUUUCUUGAAAGGGUUUUUAAUGCUUUAGCUGUUGACUGUCCUGGAUAAUAUUACACAUGCAUCAUAAAAUGCUUCAUAAAGGAGGUGGCCUUCAGGUAGCAAAAUGUAACUAACUGUACAUAAUUUUACCGAAAAAAUGUGAUUUUACAUAGUUUGAGAUCUUUAUCUGAUUGCUGGUUGGCAGUAUGUGGUAUGUACAAAUCGUGUACGUUAGUUCGGUCUGAGGAGUUACAUCAUUGACUUGGAUUUUGUUCGUUA